CAUGACACCGACCCACCCCACCUUCCUGCCGAAUCCAAGCGCCCCCAACCCACCGUCAUCGCCCCGCCGCGGCCCGCCGCCCACCACGUCCUGCCCCGUCGUGGCGGACCAUCCCACCCCAUCUCGCACCGCCGUGGCCUGCCGCCCACCACGUCGUGUCCCGUCGUGUCCCCGCGGCUCGCCGUCCCAACGUCGCCAGAUCCCCACCCCGCACACCUUCCCCCGCGUGCACCGUGCCAGCCACCCUCACCUGCACCAUGCACAGACCCGACUAGAUCUGGCCACCCCCUGCCCCCUCAUUGGACUCUGGCUUCACGAGCAACGCGGACGCCCAGGGGGUCCUGCCACCGCAGCCCCGGCCCGGCCCCUGGCCCGCGCGCCACCGUGCCUCCGCGACCCCACUCACCGCCACCCCGGGCGCCAUCGCGCUCCUCACCAGCGGCCGGAUCCAGGGAGUCGGACAUAUUGUCCACCCCACCGGCCUUCCAUUUUCUACCAUUCCCUGCCUCGCUGGGGCCGAUGGGAAAUCCCUCUUUCACAGAGCUCCGCAAGCCACGACCGCAUCGGGGCCGACGAUUUCGGCAAGAUCCGUCGUGCCUCCCACAGGAUCCAAGCGGGGUUGAGCUUCACCAGUGUAAAGAGAAAAUAUGAUCCAGAGUGGUGCAUGACGAUAUGAAGUUCCAUAGCGUGGUCAAGCAGUCUGCGUCAUAGUGUGUCAUGGUCCUUGGGGUGUGCAGUUGGAUCUAUUGUGUUCAUGAGCAUCAUCAGCAGCCAUAGAGAGUGGCGUAGAACAUAAAGUGUGCGUGUAGUUUGGUUACUCUGAAACGAUUGACAAUGGUAUAGUUUACUGUGAAAUGCUUUGUGGUUCACUUGUAAAAAUACGGAAUAACAUAUUGUUGUUCACUAUAAUUGAUCCAAUGGUCUAGACACAUUUAUAUGAAAAA